UCUCUCGAUCUCUGUCCCAUGAUUUCCGUUCAUACCAAGAGAAUAGCUUCCAGCGACCCUUCAAUUCCGGUGUUCGCCCUGCAAAUAACGCGGCUGGUUGACUCAUACAUGCUCUGGGUAGGGUUGACGGGUGACGACGUGUCCAGAGCUGCGGCUCGAGGACACCUGUGCAAAGACUGGAUAUGUGCAAUGCCUCCCCAAAGUGUCAGCGCCCCUACAGUCGCAACAAGCAUAUUUCGAACUAAGAACGGGGAUGUGGCAUUAUCGAUGGCGCAACGUCUAGGUAAAAGUGACUUUUAUUCCAGAAAAGAUAAAUGAUAUAAACCAUGAAUGGGCUGCAGCGAAACGACUUGGGAAGCAAAUAUUCCUGUCUUUAGAUGUCGGUGAACAAGAUGUGAAAGGAAUUGUGGCGAUUGAAAAGGGAAUAUUGAAUGAACUGACGAGAGAGUAGUACUGUACAUAUUGAAUCCAAGCAGUGUACAAACCUUCGCUGUUUGUUAUUGCUGUAACGACGACCGUCACCGCCCGCCA